AAAAAACAUAAUGAUAAUUUUAUUAUUAAUUUCGUAAAGUACUGUGACCAUAACACGUAGUCGAAAGAAUAAUAAUAUAAGGUGCCUUUAUCCACAUUAUACACGAUAUGUAUUUUCUUAAUUUUUCUUAAUACGAAAUAUUCAAUGAUCCAACGUUAAGUGCAUAAAUAGUGAUUACUCAUCCAGAUUUCAAUAUAGGCCGAUAUAAUGGUAUUAUAAGCUGUUUGUACAAAUAUGAUAAAAUCAAUUCAUUUAAUUUGACAAAAUACAAAAUAUGGAGACUACAGGUACCACUACAAAUACUCGUACUUUACAGUCGGAACUAUUUCUAGAAAUGAACGAGGGACAAGAAUCUAGUGAAACUCAUAACAUAAGAAUUGUUAGGAGCACAUUUAAAUUUAAAUGCCAACCAAAUAAGCCUUGUCCAGAAAAAUUGUCCGUUGAUGAAGAUGGAGAUUUAGUGGUUCGAAGAAGUCCGCUCGCCAAAGGCAUUAUAAUAGAGCAUAUAAAUCGAACUUUAUUAAAUAUGGUCGGUAUGCAAGUGUGGCGAAGCGCAUUAUUAAUGGGCGACUUUAUCCUGGAAAACAGGGAUAUUUUCACUAAUGAUCAAAUUAUAUUGGAACUUGGUUCUGGAGUAGGAUUGUCUGGAAUUGUAGCCGCCAUGUAUUGCAAAGAAGUCAUUUUUACAGAUAUCAAUAACAAAGAUAUAUUGUCAAUGAUUGAAAAAAACAUAAACUUAAAUCAAGAUUUAGUCGUUAGUCACACAACAGUUUUACCGUUGAAUUUUAACGAACCCGAAUUGCCUGAUGCACUCUAUGACAAGUUAAAAAAUUUACAAAUUUUAAUAGCUGCAGAUGUGAUUUACGAUAAUGACAUAACCAAACAAUUUGUCAAUACCCUAAAAAAAAUAAUGACAACAUCUCCUAGAAAAACCGCUUAUAUAGCAAUGGAAAAAAGGUAUGUAUUUAGUUCAGUCGAUUUGGAAGUUUGCGCUCCGUGUUACGAAUACUUCAAUGAUCUAUUAUCACAAAAUAACAAUUGGUGUGAAGUACAGCAAUUAGAUUGCAAUUUUCCACAAUAUUUCCAAUACAAAAAAACCAAAGAACUAGUUAUAUUCAAAUUAACCGCCAAUAAUUCCAUGUAAAAAAUGUAGUUAAUCAGACAAAAAUAAAAUGUAGGCACAUUAAAAUUAGCCAUUGGAUAUUUGAGUAAAGUUAUUAUUGUAUUAUUUUGAAACAUUAUUUAAAUAUAAUAUUAGCAUUAA